GUCCUAGACUUGUUGAAGCGUGUGAUCACUGGCUCUGUUUCGUCCAGUGACUUGAAGCAGUGCAUUGAGACUCACAUGAGGUUGCGGCUACAUGCUUACGAAGAGAGUGGGUUCCAGCCAAAGUGCCACUACUGUGCACACCUGCCGGAGUUCCUAGAUCGGCAACCCCUCCUCAACUGCUUCGUCCACGAACGCAAACACAAAGAACUGAAGCGCUUCGGAAAUGAUUUUUCCAACGCCAACAGAACUGACUCCUUUGAGAAGCAUCUUCUGUUGCAGGUCUGCCUGCAACAAAUCAACUCCCUGAGAGAGUUGAAGCAUAAUCAUGGCACCAGCAUGGACCGACCCGCGGUCGCAACACCAGAGAUUGUAGAACACAUGAAGGCAGCCUUCGGCCUUGACACCACAGUUCUCCUGAACGUCCAGGUGUCAAAUGACAUUGUAGUGAGGCCUGGCCUCACCUGUUGGGCCAAGGACGUGAUAUUGGUUGAGACGGAUCGUGGACAGGCUGUCGGUGAAGUGUGGUUUCACACAAAAGUUGGCGACCAAUACUUCACACUGUGGAGCCCCUGGAGCUCUUUGGGAAGCAACCGUUUUGAACAGCGUGAUGAGCCUGAAUUUGUGGAGACAGAGUUGAUCACAGCUUGCUUGGUACACCGGAAGAACCCAGAUGGGUCUGUCCUCGUU